GACAGCAAUACACAAUGACUUCAUAAAAUUCUAAUUCUAAAUCAUUGACUCCCUUCCACACAGACAGCAAUACACAAUGACUUCAUAAAAUUCUAAUUCUAAUUCUAAAUUCUUGAUGAUUCCUACCCGUCAGUGGUAAGUCUGCAUCAGUCUUUCGCUCUGCAUAACAAAGGACAAACUGCCUUCGCAUCAACACGACUUCAGGGUGAAACUUUUCCACGGGCGACCUCCGGUUUACUUGUUGUCCAGAAAAGCUGAAAAGACUCGCGCAGCCCAGCCAGGAGACGCCAAAUUGUCAUGGAAAUUAGACAACACUCGCAGACUCGUCCUCUGAAGCACAACAAAACAGCCGUGCAGAUCAGGAUCAGGGAGGACAUGAAGAAGAUGGUCCAACUGCCUGUGCUGAAGAACCUGCCGACUUCUGCCACAGCCGGAGAUGAGAGCGGUCCAAGGGUGUUCGGCGUGGCCCUGAUGGAGCUGAGCAAACUGGGAUUGGUGAAGGACGGCGUGCCCUCGGUGUUGAGGAGCAUGGUGGAGUACCUCAGACAGAACGGACUGCAGCAGGAAGGUUUGUUCCGUGUGAGCGCUAGCGUGCGUGCGGUGGAGAGUCUGAAGCAGAGGCUGGACAGGGGAGACGAGGUGGAUCUCGAGCAGGAGGCUGAGGUCUGCACCGUGGCCAGCUUGCUGAAGCUAUACCUGAGAGAGCUUCCUGAGGGCCUCGUUCACUCCUCCAUCCACAACAAACUCAUUCAGCUGUAUAACGAAUCCAGUGAGGAUGAGUUCUGUAAGAGCAUUCAAGAACUCCUGCUAAAGUUACCAGACGUUCAUUACAGCGUCCUGCGCCACCUGUGCCACUUCCUCACCCAGGUGGAGCAGCAGCAGUGCCACAACAGGAUGACUGCAUUCAACCUGGCAACCGUGUUCGGCCCUAAUGUUUUCCAUGUGUCUCCUAGUUUUGAAGGCAUCCAGGAGCAGGAUGUCUGUAAUAAGAUCAUGACCAGGCUGAUUUUGAACUACAGUGCCAUCUUUGAGCCAGAUGGCGGACAGGAGCUGGCCAAAACCAAGCCUUCAAACAUCAUCGUGGUCAAAGAGGCCCUCAUAGAUAUAGCACACACAGAUACCAUGUCAACAUCCUGUCUGACACCAAAAGCACCCACUCCACUUCCCAGAAAGAAGAAGGCCACACGGAGCAGUGCAGUCGAGGACAAGGUCUCACCGAGAGAAAAAGAAUUGAGCCUAGAAGCCCCAGUACCCAUGCCAAGAAAAAAGAAGGUGAAGAGAGUGAUAGGUGAAACAACACUGAAAUCAGUACCCCAGCCUGUUCCUUCGACAGGUCUUCCCUUCUCCAGACAUUUAUCCCAGCCUCCAGUUCACAGAGCCGAAUCUCAACUCCACACCCUGGGCUGGAGCUCUCACGACGAAAGCAUGGAUCUGAACCCUCCUAAACUCAGCCCCAUCGGGAGCAUGGACAAUGUGAGCAACUCUCAGGAGGACGAAAGACCAAUAUCUCCUUUCUAUGUGAGCUCCCAGCUCUCUUCUGGUCAUUACAGGCCUGACUUAGCACAUUAUCUGGAGAAGACGAUCCGCUCAGCGGUGGAGCAGCACCUCUUUGAUGCUCACAUGCAGCCAGAUCAGAGUUUACAGCAGUGCUCCGAGGCAGCAGGUCAACCUUCGUUUCCCGCAACCACAACCACGGCUCGUCAGAAAAGGCGACAUCAAAAAGAGCAGGAGGAGAACCGAGAGAGGGGCAGGAAUGGCAUUGAUAAAGAGAACAUCCCGUCUCGUGGGCUGAGCAGCAGCGCUAGCGUUAGCAUCAGCACCACCGAGGAGAGUGAGAGGAGGCUGGCGUCUGCUGCUGAUGAGGACUCCAGGUCCAGGAAACCCAAACAGAGCCCUACCUUCUCCGAGCUGUCUCAUAACAAAGGCUCACUCAGUCAUCACAGCUCACCCAAAUCACAUGACAGAAACAUGGCAGAUACUGUGGAGCCUACACAUAACAGGGAAGCAUGGAAAACAAACAACUCGGCUCAUCCCAAGACGCCUGCCAUGAAGAUCCAGGAGGCCAUCAACGGCCCGGAGCCUUCAGACGGCUGCGAGGACGUUCCUCGACUGGACCUGUCCGCUCUAAUGGAGGACAACAACUGGGGAGAACCAGUGCCAGCGUACAGAGACAACAUGGACAGUGAAGAAGCUCACCUCUCACCCCACACCGGGGGCAAAAUGAUCCGUCAGCUGCUGGAGGAAGACUCGGAUCCCAUGCUCUCACCACGCUUCUACGCCUAUGGGAAAUCGCAGCAGUACCUGGACGACACCGAGGUCCCUCCCUCACCGCCCAACACACACUCUUUCAUCAGCCGGCGGCGGAGUUCUUCGCUCGGCUCGUGCGAGAACGAAUGUGAGGAGCUCACGUCGACGCAGCUCUCUAAAAAGAUCCACAGCCUCAAGAAAAAGAUCCGCAAGUUUGAGGAAAAGUUUGAGGAAGAACGCAAAUACAGGCCGUCACACAGUGACAAAGCGGCCAACCCCGAGGUCCUGAGGUGGAUGAAUGAGCUGGCCAGGCUUCGCAAAGACCUCAAAGAGCACAGUUUGCUGAAGUCAGAGGAAGAUUUGGCUCCUUUGCCGAGGCAGCGCAGCAACACGCUUCCCAAGAGCUUCGGCUCUCAGCUGGAGAAGAAAAGCAACGAGGCCAAGACGCCCAAACCGCCUGUGGAGAGCACGCUGGAGACGGUGAUGAACAAACUGCAGGAGAAACGCACAGAGACCGGUCGGCCCGAGAACAUCAAGGACAUGACCAGAGAACAGAUCGGUGCAGAGAAAGUAGCUCUGCAGAAAGCGCUGCUGCAUUAUGAAGGCAUCCAUGGCAGACCGAUCACAAAGACUGAAAGACAGCUCAUGAAGCCGCUGUACGAUCGAUAUCGCCUCGUCAAACAGAUCCUAUGCAGAGCGUCCACCAUCCCAGUCAUUGGUUCUCCGUCCAGCAAGCGCCGAGGCCCUCAGCUGCAGCCCAUUAUCGAGGGGGAACCCGCUCUCUUCUUCGACCACGGCAAGGAGGAAGAGGACGGCUCGGAUGAAGACAACGACAACAGGAUGCAGUUUGCGCAGCUGACGGUGCGUCCGGAGCUGAGCAUGCUGGGAUUUCUGGACCACCUGGAUGAGGAGGUGGACGGUUUUAUUUCGCCCGUAGACGAGUUGUCGCCUUCGAAGAACAGCUCCGACAUGAGACUGUCCAACCUGCACUCGGCCACCAUACAGGAACUGGUGGAGCAGCUCCAGGAAGCUCGAGAGGAAAAGAAAAGACUCCGAAAGAACUUGCGCGAAUUCGAGGACCAGUUCUUCAGGCAAAACGGCAGAAACGUGCAGAAGGAAGAUCGCUCGCCCUUGGCGGUGGAAUACAACGAGUACAAGCACAUCAAGGCCAAGCUGAAGCUGCUGGAAGUCCUGAUCAGCAAAAGAGACUCCUCAAAGCUCAUCUAGCAUCCAGCGUUGAGGAAAUAAAAGCACAAGGACAAGCAGACUCUGCUCAUGCUAAAGCUAAAUAAGCUCAUUGACAGCCCUCCUGUCGAAGUCGCACAUUGGGUGGCCAUCUGUAGCGAACAGAUUCGGCUGAAGAUGCCCCUCCUUCCUCCUGCUCCUCCUCCUCCUCCUCCUCCACCACCAACCCUGUUGGAUUUCUCUACCACUAUUCACACACGCUCAGAGUGAUACGAGUGAUCUCACGCUCCUUCUGCUGGACUGCAAACAGAUGUCAUGUAUCUCAGUCUCAGUAUCCCAUCAACCAAUCAGCUACGGCUUUCGUCAACCAAACUUCCACGUUAAUCACCGACAGAUCUCACGUCUCUCACACUCAUGGUGGUAUUAUAAUUAUACAGUAUUUGUAAUAGAUUUGAUUACAUACCGUGUUGUAUUUAUUAGUCCAACCCUUCAGUUUUAAUAGAGCGUCUGUUUAAUCAGAAAGGAUUAGAAACAUUUCCCAGGAUAACGGACCUCUUCGUUUUUGAUGACACGAUAUUAGAUUUGCGGAUGAUUACCGCUACACUGCCAGUCAAACGUUUUUUAAACACCUGGAGGUUAUGUUUUAGAUUUAGAUAGAAGAAAUGAAAAAAAAAAAGAAAAAAAAAAAAAAAAGACAUGACACUUUUUAUGUGAGGAUUAUAUUGAUACUCACAACCUAGCGGCUUGCGAGUGGCGCAACAGGAAAGCACGAGCCCGAGUUUUCUGGACGAGAGGGAUGUCGUUACUGUCUCCCUGUCAAUCACGGCGAAAUCAACCAAUUGUGGGCAUGCGAGAGCUCAUGAAUGAGGAAGAGGGCGGAUAGGACUUUCCUCCGAGUGUGGUACGCUUCCUCGUGACGCAGCGUGAAGAGCAGCUCUCACUUUUAAUUUUAGCCUUCACCUUUGCCAUUUAGUAUCCUUUCAUAAUUUUCACAUUUUUUUCCCGACCUGAGAUUUCGAUUUUCUCAUUUCGAAAAAUUUCUCGUAUGCACCGUUUAGUCUGUUUGAAUCGAACGCUGGUGCGUUUUACCCCUCAGUGCGAUUCUUUUAGGUAGGUGAGAACAUGGUGCUCACACUCGCACCGGUCCGAGUGCGUCUGUGCGACGUUGUCUCAUCCACGUCCGAGUCCAAUCUGUCGGAAGAAAGAUUCGACUCUGAAUCGACUUCUGGAAACAAAAAGAGAAGUCGAUUUUGUGGCUGCGAUAAACACAAUGUUUUAAACUACUUAUUUAUCUAUCCAUCUUAUCCUACCUACACAGGGUCGCGGGGAGCCUGGAGCCUAUCCCAGGGAACCCACAAGGCAGGGGACACCCUGGACGGGGUGCAAACCCAUCACAGGGCAGAAUCACACACAUCCACACACACACACACACACACACACACACUAUUGACAAAUUAGACUCUCUAAUCAGCCUACAAUGCAUGUCUUUGGAAUGGGAGGAAACCAGAGUACCCAGAGGAAACCCCUGAAGCAUUCACAGACAGGGCGGUGGCAGGAUUUGAACCCCC